CUGAGCCGGCGGCGCCUUUGAUGUUCGGACCCGCCAGCUCCCGGAGCCGCUCAGGCUGGCGCCCGCGCCCCGCGCCCGCAGCCCGCCCAGGCGGAGUCAGCCCGCGCUCCGCCCGCCGCGCUUCGGGCUCGGAGGUCCGGACUCCGGGCUCGCCGCCUGCCGGGCCGGCUCCGCGCCCCGCACUCCCGCGCGCCGCGCCCCCGCGGGCGGAGCGCACCAUGCCGCAGCUGGACUCGGGCGGGGGCGGCGCGGGCGGGGGCGACGACCUCGGCGCGCCGGACGAGCUGCUGGCCUUCCAGGACGAGGGCGAGGAGCAGGACGACAAGAGCCGCGACAGCGCCGCGGGCCCCGAGCGCGACCUGGCCGAGCUCAAGUCGUCCCUGGUCAAUGAGUCCGAGGGCGCGGCGGGCGGCGCGGGGGUCCCUGGGGCCGGUGCCGGGGCCCGCGGCGAGGCGGAGGUCGGGGCCGAGGCUCUCGGGCGGGAACACGCUUCGCAGAGACUUUUCCCCGACAAACUUCCAGAGUCUCUGGAAGACGGCCUGAAGGCCCCGGAGUGCGCCAGCGGCAUGUACAAAGACACCGUCUACUCGGCCUUCAAUCUGCUUAUGCACUACCCACCCCCUUCGGGAGCAGGGCAGCACCCCCAGCCGCAGCCCCCACUGCACAACAAGGCCAGUCAGCCAGCCCACAGCGUCCCACAGCUCUCUCCUCUCUAUGAACAUUUCAGCAGCCCACACCCUACACCUGCACCAGCCGACAUCAGCCAGAAGCAAGGAGUUCACAGGCCUCUGCAGACCCCUGACCUCUCUGGCUUCUACUCUCUGACCUCAGGCAGCAUGGGACAGCUUCCCCACACUGUGAGCUGGUUCACCCACCCAUCCCUGAUGCUAGGCUCCGGUGUGCCUGGUCACCCUGCAGCCAUCCCCCACCCGGCUAUCGUACCUCCCUCAGGCAAGCAGGAGCUGCAGCCAUAUGACCGUAGCCUGAAGACACAGGCGGAAUCCAAGGCAGAGAAAGAGGCCAAGAAGCCAACCAUCAAGAAGCCACUCAAUGCCUUCAUGCUGUACAUGAAGGAGAUGAGAGCCAAGGUCAUUGCAGAGUGUACACUCAAGGAGAGUGCUGCCAUCAACCAGAUCCUGGGCCGCAGGUGGCACGCGCUGUCUCGGGAAGAGCAGGCCAAGUAUUAUGAGCUGGCCCGAAAAGAGAGGCAGCUGCACAUGCAGCUCUACCCAGGCUGGUCGGCGCGGGACAACUAUGGGAAGAAAAAGAGGCGGUCAAGAGAAAAGCACCAGGAGUCCAACACAGACCCUGGCUCGCCUAAGAAAUGCCGUGCUCGCUUUGGCCUCAACCAGCAGACGGAUUGGUGUGGUCCGUGCAGGAGGAAAAAGAAAUGCAUUCGGUACUUACCCGGAGAAGGCCGCUGCCCCAGCCCAGUUCCUUCCGAUGACAGUGCUCUAGGCUGCCCCGGGUCCCCAGCCCCCCAGGACUCGCCCUCAUACCUCCUGCUACCCCACUUUCCCACAGAACUGCUUGCUAGCCCUGCGGAGCGGCGCCUACAUCACCAGGUCUCUCGGCCGCUCUCAGCCUCCCAGCCCCCUGGACCCAACAGGCCCCCCACAGCGUCCUGCAGAGUACACAGCUGCAACGACAGGAAUCUCAGAGACAGGCAGCCUAGCAUGUACAGGACACCUGGCCGCCUCCAGGGGCUCAUCCUCUGAGAGGAAGCGACAGAGCCCCAAAGCACGUGGGAACUGGCCAGGGGCCCUGUUACCUCCCUCUCAGGGACCGGGCCCAGGAGACUUCCGAGGCUGCACAACUUCUGCCUGAACCCAGGGCCAUCGGUUCAAACUACGCCAAAUGGUGGGAAUCAGAUCUGCAUUGUGUCAUCUAAUUAAGGGCAUCCCUUGUGCCCACAGCAGCCUGCAUCUGUUCCUUUUACCCUCUAUCUUGCUGGCCAGAUGCCCCUGACUCCCUUGCUUUUCUACUAUAGGUCACAGAUAGGCUGGACUAAGCCCAGCUGCUUUCCCCACCCUACACCUCCUUGGCCCCAUCACUGCCACACCCUCCCCAUACCACACACUUCAAGGACCAAGAAUGAGCUGGUUUACAAAACCACAUGUGAGCAUGGUCACAACCACAUGCUCAAGACAAUAAUGCUUCUCUUAACCUGGAGAAGCCCUGUUGACAGAAAAGGAGUUAUUCAUACAUAAACUGGACCAGAGUAAGCCUUUUGCCGUGUCCUCAAGAACUUACAAGACUAGGAGGAAAUGGAACAGGUUAAGUUUAGGCCUAUUACCACAGGCGGUAGGAAUAACCUGACACUACCUUAUCAGGCAAGUAUGGGCAGUGAGAGGUAUCUGGCUCUCGUUCGUAUUACUUGGGUAUGUUUCCAAGAGAAACUCAACCUCCCAAGAAGCUCUGAUACCAAGGUCCCAUGCCUGUUACUAGUGACUGAACUCAAAAGAAAUUAUGGCCCCAAAUCCAGCAUGCAUCCCUCCCUACACCAAGAGCCUCUGUCACAGUUCUAGCUCCUGCUUGUCCAGGUCAGUCUAGCCAGCUCUUGGGCAGUUUUAAGAGGGCAAACCAAACCUCAUGACCCCCAAUGCUCACCUUACAGCACUGAAAUCGCUUCAGCUUCAGUUUCCCGAAGGGGCUGCAGGAAGGAGGACCAUCAGCAUCCAAGCAAGGAGCCCAGAGAAUCUCUAGUGGUGGUCAGUGGGUUUUCACCACCGCCUAGUUUAACCCAUUUCUGAGCCAAGCUUCAAGCCUGAGCCUUAAAAAACAAACUUUUAAUUUAACUUUUUUUGUCUCCUCCUCAACUGUAUAUAGCCUGAACCCAAAGAAAAAGGGCUGUUCCUAUACCCACACACCCCUCAACAAAAGCCUUCAUAGUUCCUACUUUAGCCACUGGCUUCUCAGAAUCCAAAGAUCAUAUAUUCUAGUAUAGUGUUGCAAGAAGUCUUGAGAAAAAGGACUAUUGUAGUGUUCAAAAUAUUUUUGUAUUGUUAAUGCAUCAUCAUACAAAAACUUUUUUUAACAUGAGAAUAAAGAUACUUUUUACUGGG